GUCGCGCGUUCAGAAGAAGGAGUGAUGCUAUUGCUAAAUAAAAACCGAGUGCUUUCUUUGGUCGUUAAUUUUAUUUUUGUAAUCAUUCUAAUUUCCUCAAAUGUCCAAGCCGACGAGCGAAACAUAAAUAAGCUGUUGAACAACCAGGUCGUAGUCAGCCGCCAAAUUAUGUGCAUUUUGGGUAAAAGCGAAUGCGACCAAUUGGGACUACAACUGAAAGCCGCUCUUCCAGAAGUUAUAACCAGAAAAUGCAGGAACUGCUCUCCCCAACAGGCUCAGAAGGCGCAAAAGUUAACAACGUUCCUGCAAACCAGAUACCCGGACGUUUGGGCUAUGCUCCUAAGAAAGUACGAUAGCGCCUAAUUAGUAAUGGCAAUUGAAUGUUCUUCUCAUGCAGCGAAUAUAAUAAAUUAGUUUCGACAUCA